UUGUUUACACAUGGCCGCCGAGUGUCGGAAAUUUUUCAUUCAUCAAAUUAUUUUUCCUUGGUUUCUUCUGAAGUGGUUUUUAUUCAAUACUUGGAGUCAGUCAAGAUGUAGAUGAUCACCGUGAAUGAGAUACUAGUAAUACCACUAUCAGCAAAAAUAAGUACCAACAGAUGUGAUAUGGGAUCAGGUGCUUCCAGUAGCCGGGCUAGUUCUCCAUCAGCUCCAUCUGAGAUCAAGGUAAAACCACCACCUGACAGGGAACCGGCUGUCAAGCCGACCAUGACCAUGGCAGCGAGCAAGAGCCAGCAGGAGAUUGGACCACAGGAUAUCAUGAUUAGUUACAGUCACAGUGAUAAGAAAAUGAUGGAGAAAAUUAGAGAUGCCUUAGAAGAAAAUGGCAUUAGUGUCUGGGUGGACAUGGUUGGGCUGAAGGCAGGUGUGGACUUCCUCAGCAAGAUUGGACAGGCAAUUAUUGAUGCAAAGGUGUUUCUCUCCCUUGUGACUGAAUACUCUGUCCAGUCAAAGUAUUGCCGUGAUGAGCUUGCCCUUGCCUAUGUAUCGCAGAAACCUAUCUUUCCUGUGGGAUUCAAAAGCAAAGACUUCCUAUUCCCACUUAUGGAUGUUGGCAUGAGACUUCAGCUCUCUCGAUUUGACUGGUACAGUGUCGAUAAAGACAAAUUUGAAACAGACUUUGCUAAUGUGAUCGAAGAUAUACAGACAGAAAUAACCAAUGUCAAGAAUAAAGAAGCAAGGGAGGAGGCAAAAGAAGAAAAAGAAGAAGCUGAACAAGAGAGACCAAAAUUAGAAAGAAGUCAAACACGACCUCAAAUGCGGGUGCGUACUUCAAGAAAUUCGAAGCAAAACCAAAGAAAGAAUGACUUCUGGGAUAAACAUUUUGCCAAAAAAGAGACUGUUGAUUGGAAUAGCAUGAAGCAAGUGUUUACGAAGGAGUUUGAUAACAAUCUAAAAAGUCUCUUCACCUCAAAUGAAGAUAAACAAUGGCUGGAAUCCAUACUCAAGAGGGAAUUGAGUGUGAAAGGACAGAUGACCAGAAGACGUUAUGACGAAUUUUGCAUGAGGGACAAUGGUGAGCUCGAACCAUUUUGGAGCCGGGUUGAAGACUAUGCUGUUGAGAGCUAUGCUAUCAAGAAAGUGUUUGAGAUGGAGUCAUCUGUCCGGGUUGAAGCUAUUUCUAACCUCGAAAAAUACAAAAGUCCUGCCGUGGUGGAGGCCUUGAUGGAUCUUCUUGACGAUGAUGACUUCAAUGUGUGCGCCGUGGCAGCAAUCACGCUGUCUAAGAUGCAUUGUAAAAGUAACAUUACGAGGUUGAGAAUUGUCGACAGGAUUAUCAAUAUCUUGAACAGUAGCGAUCGUCUAGUACGAGAAACAGGGUGUUUGGCUCUCGGACGAUUGAAGGCCACGAAGGCCGUCCCAAAGCUUGUCACAUUAUGGCGUAAUGAUGUGAUAUCAACAGUACGUGAAGCAGCUGGGAUAGCCCUGAAGGAGAUCGGAGGUGAAGAGGCAGACAAGGCAAUACACAUGACAAAAGUCCUAACGGAAGAAAUAAGGAUCUUAACGUUAUCAUGAGGACACACGAAGUAACACAGGAUAUCUGCACUAACCAUAGGGUUAAAGGAUGAUUUGUUCUGAAACAGGCAUGGAAGCAGGAGGUGUUAACGUGGAAAACUGUGUGAAACAUGAAUGUAUUUCGAAAUGGAGGGAUGUAUGCCCUUAUAUCCCCCCUAGUUCCAUGUCUGCCUGGUGAAAAUCAUUCUAGAGCCAAACCCAUAGACACUUUUAUGUUUAAUAUUUAUUAUUAGGAUUAGGAGGAAUCCUUCAGUGUUCGUAGAUAAAUAUUCUUCAUUAUUUCUGCCCUUAUAAAGAAGUACUGUUACUGUUAUUUAUUUAUUAGAUAUUCAAUAUUAAUAGGUAUUAAGUUGUCACAACAUUUUUGUUGUAUUCAUAUGAUACUCGAUUUUCGAUCAGUCCACCGGUGUAACUCACCUUAGCACCUAUAUGACCAGUCAGUUUUUGGUCAUGAAGCAGCUGAUAACGAUUGAAGAAAAGAUGAUGAUGAUGAUGAUAAUCCUUAACUCCAAGCAUUACAAGCAUUUUCUGACAUGAUACAUUGGCAUGGUAUUACCGGUAUUGUGAACUGCAUGUACAUUGCCAUGUACUUUUCCUCUAUAUUCUUGAUUACUGUUAAAAUAAUGUGACUGAUUGUAAGUUGUGUGUCAUCUUUUUGAUUUGCUGUGUAUUUCUUUGUUAUAGUAAAACAGGUGAAAUUCUAUGAUGGUCACAUUGCUUUUGAAAGGCCAAGAUUGUCGGUUGUAGGGAAUUCAAGACACAGUAUAUCAGAGUCCCUGUAGCAUCAUUGUGAUUUUACCAGACAAAGUAUUAUUCAUGUAUAAUCAAGCAUUCAGGUGUAGAUGCGGUACAUGUAUAGGACAUUCCAGGAGAUGCGAAGUUUUAUAGCUGUUUAUUGGGCUCAAAUCCUCCAAUUUCUUCUGGUUGGAUCACAGCAUAAUUAAUUAGACUAAUUAAUUUUGUACCCAUGUAACGUCAGUCACUUCAUCAAGUGAUGAAAUCACUUUGUAUGAAGUAUUGUAUAGCUGGCAUUUGCUAGCAAAUACACUUGAGACUACUAAUUAUUAAAUUAGCAUAUUGCU